AUGGCCUCCCCUAGCGUUCUCACCUUUGACGCUGAGGGUCGGACAGUGAACUUUGAGGUCUGGGUAGAUGAUCUGCAGCUUUUCCUGCAGUGCGAUAGGGCAGACGGCCUCUCCCUAUUUGACCUCACUUGUGGUGCCUCCCCUGCCCCUACUGCUGAUGCUGACGCCACUAUUCGCUCAGAGUGGGCCACAUGUGAUGUUGCUGCUCACCUUGUUGUGCGCCGUCACUUACCGACCACUGAGCGUGCACACUUUAGCCAGUACAAGAGUGCUCAGACCUUGUACAACGCUGUAGUUGCACGCUACUCUUCCCCUGCCACUGCUGCACUGAGCCGCCUCAUGCUACCGUACCUCUUCCCUGACCUUGCUCCCUUUCCCACUGUCGUAGACCUCAUUACGCACCUCCGCACUAGUAACACUCGCUACCGCGCUGCGCUUCUUGCUGAGUUCUGCGCCAAGAACCCCCCCCCCCCCCCCCCCCCCCAUGGGUGUUCUCCCCCCCCCCCCCCCCUCUUGCUUUCUAUUGCCUCUUCUGCUGCGGUCGACCUCGUUGGUUUUGAGUCGGUCGGCGCUGCGUCUGUCCCGAGCGGGAGACGCCGCACCGGCAAGGGCAAGGGGGGCAAGGGCACUGGAGGGGCUGGAGGGGGCGGUGGAGGUGGUGGUGGAGGCAGUGGAGGGAGUGGGGGUGGUGGUGGGAGUGGUGCGGGGGGUGGCAGCGGCGCCGGCAGCAGUGGAGGCGGCGGAGGCGGUGUAGGUGGCGGAAGGAGUGGAGGAGGCGGAGGUGGCGGAGGAGGCGGAGGUGGAGGAGGCUGCGGAGGCGGCGGAGGUGGCGGCGGCGGAGGAGGCGGCGGUGGUGGAGAGAGUCGCGACUCUGCACAGAGGAGUAGCGUCGGUGGUGGUCAGCGACAGCAGCAGUUGCGGAGUGGUGUGACCCUGUCCCCUCAGCAGCUUCGUGAGUGGUACACUGCGCGCCAGCGCGGUGGGGUUUUUGGUCCCUGCUCUUACGUCCUCCGUACCGGUGACCACGCUGGUGAGCAGUGCGGAGGCCCGCACUCCACCCAGCGCUGCUUUGGUCGCCUGACGGACGCGUGGCGUCGCCAGUUCCCUGAGGCCUCAGAGAUCCCUCGCUGCGGAGAUCUGGCUAAGGCCGGGGUUGCUAUCUUUGAUCUUGACUUUGAUGCUACCCUUGCUGCCAUGUAUGCUGUUGAUACUAGUGUUGAGGGUGCCUGUUACCUGUGUGUACCGCCUGACCCGCGCAUCGAGGCCACUGCUCUGGGUGCUAAUGAGACUGCUGCUCUAGGUGCUAGUGCGUCUGCUGCCCCAGGUGCUGGUGAGUCUGCUCUCUCAGACCGCACCACUCUUACGCCGCUCAGUCGGCCGGUUGCAGUCUCCCUUGCAGACCCCUCUGGGGGUCCUGUCCUUGCCAGCUUCUCCACUGUCCUUCCGUGCCCUGCAGCCCCCUCUGGCACCCUGUCUGGUCUCUACCUCCCCUCGUUCUCUACGAACUUGGUGAGUGGAGCUGACCUACAGUAUAAGGGGGUCGACCAGUUCACUCCUGCGAACUCUCCUUUGCCACCACCGCCUUGGUCACCCCUCCCUGCCUCGUCUCUAAGGCAUGGCCUCCCGUUUCCUUGUCUCUGGUCUUCCUCGGUCUCUCCCUCCCCUUCUCCGGGGCCUGGCCCUACCUGCGUCCCCUGCGUCGAGGGGCGACAGCGAGCCGCCCCUCACUCCUCCGAGUUUCCUUCGACAGAGGCUCCGCAGCAGACGCUACACAUGGACGUGUGGGGCCGAGCCCGCGUCAGUGGGAAGGGGGGAGAGCGGUACUUUCUGCUGGUCGUUGACGACUACUCGCGUUACACCACAGUCUUCCCCUUGCGCAGCAAGGGUGACGUCACUGAGGGCAUCCGCCAGACCUUCACGCUUCCGGCCUCUCCACAGCAAAAUGGGAUUGCUGAGCGCCGCAUUGGCAUGGUCAUGGACGUCGCUCGGAAGAUUGGUGAUGCGUCUGCGUUUCGGGUCUGGGGAUCUCGGGCGUUUGUCUGCGACUUGUCUUCGGACAAGUCCCCCCGUGCUAUUCCUUGCGUCUUCCUUGGCUUCCCCCCUUACGCGACUGGGUGGCAGUUUUACCACCCCACCUCGCGUCGUGUUCUGUCUUCCCAGGACGUCACCUUUGACGAGUCGGUGCCUUACUACCGUGUGUCCCAGGUAGACGCAGUCGAGCCUGUCGAGCUGGCUGUUGACUCUGGUGCUGCUAGAGGUGCUGAGCCUUCGGGUGCCGGGUCAGGGGGUGCUAGGUCUGGGGGUGCUGAGACUGGGGAUACUGAGCCUGGGGGUGCUGAGUCUGGGGGUGCUGAGCCUGGGGGUGCUGAGCCUGGAGGUGCUAAGCCUGGGGGUGCAGAGCCAGGGGGUGUUGGGUCUACUCGUGUGGCCACCGGCGGUGCUUCGUGGAGGCAGGAGCCGCUCUCUCCACAGGAGCUGCGCGAUUGGUUCGCCCGCCGCUGGAGACGUACCGCUGAUUCUGGGGUCACUGCUGGAGCUACUAGAGUUGGUCCUGCUGGAGUUGCUGUCGGUGCUGGUGCUGCUGGAGGUGGAGCUGCUGGGGGUGUUGGCACUGGUGUUUCUACUGGUGCUGGUACGUCUGGGGGUGCUGCUGAGGCUGCUGGUGCUGACGGUCCUACUGGAGUUGGUGCUGCUGAAGCUGGAGCUGCUGGGGGUGUUGGCGGUGGCGGUGCUGCUGUCGCUGGUGCUUUUGAGGGCACUGGAGUUGGCGCUGUUGGAGCUGGAGGUGCUGCUGGCGCUGGUGCUGCCGCUGGGGGUACAGGUGCCGUCCCUGCUGGUUCUGGAGGCGCUGAGCAGCCGAGGCCGUACUUCGUUCCGCUCGUGGAGCAGUCAUCAUGCUACGCGUCUGCGUCCUCCUGCGGUCCCUCGCACACACCAGAUGGCAUUGUGUCCUUCCACUUCUCCUCUCUUCCUUCUCUUGCUGACCCAGAGUCUGACUCCCUUCGUGCUGCUAGUCCUUCGGUCACGCGCCUUCUUUCUAGUGUUGUCACUGACCCUUCCUUUGAGUCCACUGCUGCAUCUGCCCUAGUUGCUGAGCUUGUCGACUUUGCUGCUCGCUGUUGUCUAGACUACGCUGCCAGUCUUGUUGCUGAAUCUGAGUCUGUCUGUCCUCCGUCCGUCGGGGACAUCCCGACUCCUCGAUCGUACGCUGAGGCGAUCGAGGGUCCCUACUCCUCUCAGUGUCAGCCGGCCAUGGACGCAGAAAUGGCUUCUUGGAAGUCCACAGGCACCUACGUCGACAAGGUUCCCCCACCUAGGGCGAACAUCGUCAGUAGGAUUUGGACUUUCAGGGUGAAGCGGCCGCCGGGUUCUCCGCAUGUCUUCAAGGCGCGUUACGUGGCUCAAGGCUUCAGUCAGCAGCAAGGAGUUGACUUCUUUCAGACCUUCUCUCCCACCCCAAAGAUGACCACUCUUCGGGUGCUGCUGCACAUAGCCGCUCAGCGCGACUACGAGCUUCACUCUCUUGACUUGAGCACAUCUCUCUUGCAGGGCAGCCUGCACGAGGAGAUCUGGCUGCGCCGCCCACCUGGCUUCACUGGAUAG